AGCCCGAGAGACCCGGAUGGAGAAAUGGCCGCCCCAACUGCGGGAGCAGGCGAACGGGCGCUAGUGCGCAGGCGCGACGUGCGGCGCAGGCGCAGGAGCCUCAGGAUGAGCUCUGUGUUUCUUUGCGUACUGUAUGGCGCCCGGUUCAUCUCUGCGCUUCCGUAUGGUGGCCGCGGGUGCCGGGGUGACCCGGCUGCUAGUGCUCUUGCUGAUGGUAGCCGCGGCUCCUAGUAGAGCCCGAGGCAGCGGCUGCCGGGUCGGGGGCUCCGCGCGCGGGGCUGGGGCUGACGGCCGUGAAGCUGAGGGGUGUGGCACUGUGGCAUUGCUGCUGGAGCAUUCAUUUGAGAUUGGUGAUGGAGCCAACUUCCAAAAGCGUGGCUCACUGCUCUGGAACCAGCAGGAUGGCACCUUGUCAGCGACACAGCGACAGCUCAGUGAGGAGGAGCGGGGCCGACUUCGGGAUGUGGCUGCCGUCAAUGGCCUCUACAGGGUCCGGGUCCCAAGGCGGCCUGGGACACAUGAUGGUUCAGAAGAUGGCGGCCAUGUGUCUUCCUUUGUCCCAGCGUGCUCCCUGGUGGAGUCGCACCUCUCGGACCAGCUGACCUUGCAUGUGGAUGUGGCUGGCAACGUGGUGGGCCUGUCCGUGGUGGUAUACCCUGGGGGCUGCCGGGGCUCCGAGGUGGAAGAUGAGGACCUGGAGCUGUUCAACACAUCUGUUCAGCUGCGGCCUCCCGGCACUGCACCAGGCCCUGAGACUGCAGCCUUCAUUGAGCGCUUGGAGAUGGAGCAGGCCCAGAAGGCCAAGAACCCUCAGGAACAGAAGUCUUUCUUUGCCAAAUACUGGCACCUCAUCCUGGGGGGGGCCGUGUUGCUCACAGCCCUGCGUCCUGCUGCCCCAGGGCCUGCACCAGCGCCAACGGAGGCCUAAUGGAUGUACAUCAUUCCAGUUGUGCUGUUCCUCAUGAUGUCGGGAGCGCCGGACGCCGGGGGCCAGGGCGGCGGUGGGGGCGGGGGCAGCAGCCGGUGAGCAGCUGUGCCACUUAGAGCCCCCCAGAGCCUCUUGUCCUUGGCCAGCCCAAGAAGGAGUUCCUGUCCCUCUAUCUCCCUAUUGCAUGAAUAUGGAGGGCUGUCUCUUCCCAGGAGCCCUCCUAGCCUUCUUGUGAGUCCCUCAUUCUGUCCCUGAGCCUCUCUCUGUUUCUGUUGACUGAGAGCUUGGGUGUACCUCCAUAUAGCCAGCUCACUGGCUUCUCUGGGCACUGCAACUGUGUCCCACCAUGUAGCACUGUGUCCCUCUGUCUGCUAAACAUCCACUAGCCCGCCCCACCCCACCCAACCAUACACUUUGGGAACUUGCCAAGCUCUCUCCAGCCUCUGUGCCUUUGCCCUGCAGGCCCGGUGCACCCCUCACUGUCACGCUCAGGCUCCUUGCCAAGGAUCUGUGGCCCAGAAGCCUCUGCUGUUAGUGGCUAGGUCUGCCUCCAGCCCACUAUCCAUGUGGCAUGCUGUCUUCUUUGCCCCUCCUCUCUGGUGCCCCAGAAUACCAUGGUGACUUCCACCACUAUCCUUUCUGUCUCUGGAUGUCCCAGCCUGGAUCCAUCACCAGGAGAGGAUUGUGGGCCUCCACAUUAGUCUGACUUGUGUGAAUGCACACUCUAGUGACUUGUGUGCAGGUUCUGAGAGCCGGUUUUGCACUAGCUGCUCGACAGCUGCUGCCGUGGCCGUGCUCUUGCACAUGUGCGGCCAUAGGCAUGGAGAUUGCUGUGCAGCGUCAGCUGUGAUGUGUGGCUGCUGAUUAAACUGUCCCCUAAACAGCCACUAUUCAGCUUGCUUCCUGCCUUCUGUGCUCGUAAAUAGUCCCGGGUUGCUGCUGUCGCUCGCCUGGUUUAUGUUUGAAUGGCUUUCUUAGGGCAUGUUACAGAGGGAUGCCUGGAUAGAUUAAAGUUUCUGUGA